AUGUCCGUUCCUACAACAGGAUUGAGUAAAUUGAAAAAGAAACAUAUUCGUGUGAAACACCAGAAAGUGAAAUUAUUCCGUGCUAAUGAACCUUUACUCUCUGUUUUUAUGUGGGGCGUUAAUCACACGAUAAAUGAACUGAGCCACGUCUCAAUACCUGUUAUGUUACUUCCUGAUGAUUUCAGGGCAUAUUCUAAACUUAAAGUUGAUAACCAUUUGUUUAAUAAAGAAAACAUGCCAUCACACUUCAAAGUAAAGGAGUACUGCCCUCUCGUCUUCAGGAAUCUGCGAGAGAGAUUUGGAAUAGAUGACCUUGAUUAUAAGGAGUCAUUGACUAGGUUUAGAAAACCAGAUAACUACCUCCGUUCGAGAGCCAGAAAGAAGUAUAUUAAUAAGCUGCGACGUUCGGCCACAGCGCCGUCUGGUGUUACGGAGAUGAGGAAUGGACAAGACAGCCUCCGAGAUGCUUGCGAUCUGCUCAAAUAUGGCCUGAGUAUGAAUCUGAGGCUGAGGUCGCAGCCGAUACCAGAUGAAUCUUCUGGAAAAUCCGGCGCGAAGUUCUAUCAAAGUUAUGACAGGCUCUUCAUCCUGAAAACGUUGACUUCGGAGGAGGUGGAACGGAUGCAUUCAUUCCUUAAACAUUAUCACCCGUAUAUCGUGGAGCGUCACGGCAAGACUCUUCUGCCCCAAUACCUUGGCAUGUACCGGCUGACUGUGGACGGUAUUGAACAUUAUCUAGUCGCUACCAGGAAUGUUUUCUCGAACCACUUAAAUAUACACAAAAAAUACGAUCUAAAAGGGUCGACAGUGGAUCGUGAGGCAUCUGAGAAGGAGUUGGAGAAAGAGUUGCCAACGCUCAAAGACAACGAUUUUAUAAAGCAAGGUAUUAGGAUCGACAUUGGAGACGCUGCAAAGGAAAAAUUGUUGGAGACACUUACAGCUGACGUUGAGUUCCUAACAAAACUCCAUCUGAUGGACUAUUCCCUUCUACUUGGAGUACACGAGUGUGGUCGAGGCGAAGCGGAAGCCGAAGCAGCGCGACAGAAGGAAGCGGAGAACGACACAGAGAAUGAUUCCGAGUCUGACAGCGAUACUGACAAUCGCCAUGACAGAUGGGGUUUUAACACACCACCAGAUAGUCCGCGGGGCUUCGGUCGUCAGUCGUCAUUGCGAUAUGAGGGCAUCAUACCGGAACUGGAUAUCUACGCCAUACCCAGCCAAGAAGGAGCACCAAAGAAAGAAAUUUACUUCGUGGCGCUAAUUGAUGUCCUCACGCAUUAUGGUGUUAGGAAACAGGCGGCAAAAGCGGCGAAAACGGUAAAGUACGGCAGCAAUGUUGACGGCAUAUCGACCUGUGACCCCGAACAGUAUGGGAAACGCUUCAUCGAGUUCGUAGCUAAGGCCAUUGAAGGGAACUAA